AUGAGAACAGACGGCCAGAGCCAGAGCCAGAGCCAACCCAGUCAGGCAAUGAGCCAUCAGCCUAAUGCCUAUGAUUAUCCUCCGCGAAAUACUCAUGAUCCAUAUAGAGCAGUGAGGAAAACUCCCAGUCCUGCUGAUUCAAAUUUAUCUUCUUCUGUCUAUGAAUCAAAUCCAGUUCAUUCCAGAACUGCCUCUGACAGUAGUACCAGUCGACUUGCCUCCGCCAGCCAGCCGAACAAUACUACAUACUCUCAAGGAUAUGAUGACAACAUUUACCAGCAGACUUACAGCAAUAAUCCUUACCAUGAAGAAGAUCCCUACGCCGUCGCAGCCCGACAUCACCAAGGCGAAAAAAAAAGAAAUAGAAAACGAGACAAUCCCGAUCAAAGAGCCAAUUCGUACCUCCCAUACUCCCAUCAUAGACACGAUCCAUAUGCACCAUCUGAGCCUAUUUAUCUCGAAGAAGACCCUCUCCCGAGUUUCAACUCUCCCGGGAAAGACGGCACGGUGGGUUCUAUUCUUCAAGACAACAUUGCAAUGGACAUGGUAGACCACAACCCACCUCGCUCUACUGGCAGAAUCAAAAAUAUGCAACAUCUCGAACCACUGCCAGAAAUCAAAAGAAAAAGACGGCGAUUGUGUGGCUUGCCCGGUCGAACUGUGUUAUUCAUUGCUUUUGGAUUCAUGAUCGUUGUAGGUGUGAUCUGGUACUUCGUCUGGCCACGGACACCCACUUUGCAUCUACUUGAUGCCGGCCUACUUGAGCCUUCUAAUAAUUUUAAUGUGAAUGGUACGAUCUAUCAAAUGGACUCUAGCUGGAGAAUCAAUAUGACAGUUGAUAAUUCGGACAACUGGGUUCCCACACGUGUCAACACUCUUUCUUUCAAAAUCUUUGAUUCUACAACUGGGCGUGCUUUUGGAGAAGGCUCUUCGGGAUUUCGUGUGUUUCCGGCAAGGACCCAAUCCCAGGUCUCCUUUCCGAUGACUAUUUCAUACAAGGCUUGGUCAGAGGCAGAUGUCACUUGGCAGAAUCUCUAUACUGCCUGUGGUCCCCAAAAACAAAAUCCGAUGCCUGAGGAGCAAGCCUCGCUCAAUGUUCGGUUUGAGGUGACUUGGCAUAUUGCGGGAAUGGUCAAGACUCGAGUUGCAACUGUGAUUCCGAGUAACGGGUUCGCAUGCCCCACGGACUGA